AUGUGCGCGGCGGGGAGGCGCUGGGGCCGGCGGCAGCGAGCUCUGCUCUGGGCCGUGCUGCUGGCGGCGUGGGAGGCGGCGUGGGGGCAGCUGCGCUACUCGGUGCCCGAGGAGAUGCCCAAGGGCUCGUUCGUGGGCGAUGUAGCCAAAGACCUGGGGCUUCAGCAGCCGGCGCUAUUAGAGGGCGGCGCUCACAUCACGGAAAGGGGUAGGACUCAGUACUUCUCUCUGCACGGGAAGACGGGACAUUUAGUGACGGCAGAGAGGAUUGAUAGAGAACAGCUUUGCCGGCUGGUGGAGAAAUGCGUGCUGCGCUGUGAGCUGAUAGUGGAGGGAGAGAUGCAGGUUUAUGGAAUCGAAAUAGAAAUCACGGAUAUUAACGACAACGCGCCGAGCUUCACAGAGGCAGAAACAGAGCUGAGAAUGAGCGAAACGACAUCCCCAGGAUCUCGCUUUCCCCUGCCAGACGCUCAUGAUCCUGAUUCGGGCAGGAAUUCGCUGCAGAGCUACGAGCUGAGCGGUGACGAGCACUUCUCGCUGGCCGUGCAGGCGGGCCCCGGCGGCGAUCAGCGUCCCGAGCUGGUGCUGGCGAAGGCGCUGGACCGGGAGGAGGCGGCGUUUCACGAGCUGGUGCUGAGGGCGAUGGACGGCGGCGAUCCGGCACGGACGGGCACGGCUCGGAUCCGCGUGACGGUGCUGGACGCGAACGACAACGCGCCCGUGUUCAGCCAGGCGGAGUACACGGUGCGUGUGCCCGAGGACGUGCCCGUGGGCUCUGUCCUCGUGACUGUCAAGGCCACGGACGCCGACGAGGGUCUAAAUGGGCACGUGAAAUACUCUUUGAAGAAAGGGAACGACGUGACAUCGAGUAUUUUCCAUCUGAAUACUGAAACUGGAACCAUCGAGCUGUUGCGGACCCUGGAUUUCGAAGAAGGCAAUUUGUACCAAUUGGAGGUGCGGGCACAUGACAGUGGAGCACUUUUCGACACAGCAAAAGUCACGAUCACCGUGACGGAUGUGAACGACAAUGCGCCUGAACUGACAGUAUCAUCAAAGCUUAACGAGAUCCCGGAGGACGCCCCGUCGGGAACUGUUGUGGCCCUAUUGCAUGUGCAGGACCGGGACUCGGGGGUGAAUGGCAAGCUGCGCUGCUCCCUCGACGGGGGCGUCCCGUUCCGGCUGGAGAAGUCCUAUGAAGACUACUACCGUGUGGUGACAGCGAGAGAGCUGGACCGGGAGCAGGUGUCGGAGUACAACGUGACGGUGCGGGCGGCCGACGGCGGGUCGCCGUCGCUGCAGAGCAGCGCGGUGGUGGCGCUGCGGGUGCUGGACGUGAACGACAACGCGCCGGUGUUCGCGGAGGAGCGCUACAGCGCGCGGCUGGCGGAGAACAACGCGGCGGGCGCGCUGGUGCUGACGGUGCGCGCCACGGACGCGGACUGGGGGCAGAACGCGCGCGUGCGCUACCGGCUGGCGGAGGGGCGGAUGCGGGGCGCGCCGCUGUCGUCGUACGUGUCGGUGCAGGCGGAGACGGGCGCGCUGUACGCGCUGCGCUCCUUGGACUACGAGCAGGUGCGCGAGCUGCAGCUGUGCGUGCGGGCGGAGGACGGCGGCGCGCCGGCGCUGAGCAGCAACGUGUCGGUGCGGCUGCAGAUCGUGGACGAGAACGACAACGCGCCGCAGGUGCUGUACCCGCCGGCGGCCGCAGCGGCGGCGUGGUCGGGCGUGGAGCUGGCGCCGCGUUGGUCGGAGGCCGGCGCGCUGGUGGCCAAGGUGGUGGCGGUGGACGCGGACGCGGGGCAGAACGCGUGGCUGUCGUACGAGCUGGCCAAGGCGACGGAGCCGGGGCUGUUCCGCGUGGGGCCGCACAGCGGCGAGGUGCGCACGGCGCGCUCGCCGCUGGCCCGCGACGCGGCGCGCCACAGCCUGGUGGUGCUGGUGCGGGACCACGGGCGGCCGGCGCUGUCGGCCACGGCCACGCUGAGCGUGGUGCUGGCCGAGAGCGUGGCCGAGCUGCUGGCCGAGCUGGGCGGCGCGGCGCACGAGGCGGCGGCGCCGGGCGAGCCGGCCGCCAGCCUGACGCGCUGGCUCGUGCUGGCCGUGGCCGCCGUCUCGUGCCUCUUCGUGGCCUUCCUGCUGCUGCUGCUGGCGCUGCGCCUGCGCCGCUGCCACCGCCGGCAGCUGCUGCCGCCGGACGGCGGCGCCUCGCGCGGCGUGCCCGUCUCGCACUUCGUGGGCAUCGACGGCGUGCGCGCCUUCCUGCGGUCCUACUCGCACGACGUGUCGCUCACGGCCGACUCGCGCAAGAGCCACCUGCGCUUCUCGGCCGCCAGCUGCUGCGACACCCUCCCGGCCCGGCCGCCGCCCGACGAGCCCGCGCCGCUGCUCGGGGACGGGGACGCGGCCGGCGCCCUCCCCUCGGACUCCGCCCCUUCCUCGUGGGAGUGGAAGGAAGGAGAUAUUGGAAUGACUUUUCUUCCUGUUCCUGUUGGGAGAAAUAGAGGAUCAUCUCUGCUGCAGCUGUCCAAGUGCAGAGUGACCACCCAGGCCAGCCAAGGUUUGCAUGGACAGAGCCGGGCCCGGUGGGAGAAGGUGUGCAGUGUCCCCCGGGCCAUCACCCAGAGGAACCUGCUGGGCAAUCAGCUGGAGGCUGUCAGAUGGCUGAGGAACAGGCUGGAGAGUCACCUGCAGAGAGUUGCAGACAGUGGCUCCAUGUCCAGAAAUGCCAACAAUGUUUUUAACUAUGACAAGGGCAGUUUUGAUGAGCAAAAAGACUUUCAGUGCGCUGAGCCCCGCCCAAAGCCGGGCGGCCUUGAGCGCGGCCGUGCGGCGGCUGCAGUGUCGCGGCGGCGCCUCCGGGUGUCGCUGUUGGCCGCCGCCGAGCGCCGCUGGAGCCGCCGCCGCCGCAGCGUCCUGCCCCCGCAGGCUGCUCGCUCGCCCGGCGCCGGCCGCAGCGGCAGCGGCACCGACAGCAGCGGCGGCGGCGGCGAGAGGCGGCCCGAGCGGUGUGGGUGCCUUUGA